CGUCGGGGUCUGCCUGUCCAACCUCAUACCUGCUGCCCACUGCCAUCCAACUGGCCUGGAACUGGCAGAACCCAGGCUGGAGGAACGAUGUGCUGGCUGCGGGCAUGGGGCCAAAUCUUCUUGCCAGUUUUCCUUUCCCUCUUUUUCAUUCAACUGCUUAUCAGCUUCUCUGAGGAUCAUUUUUCCCACAUCUCCAGACAGAGGGGAAAACAGAGAUCAAAGUCUCUGGAUGAUGCAUGUACUAUAAAGAAAAAUUGUCAAUUAUGCACAGAAGAUAAGAAAUGUUUUUGGUGCAGUGAAGAAAGCACUUGCAAAAAAAUGUGUUUUCCAAAUUUCGGGUGUCAAUUCAGUUCUGUAUAUUGGGCAAACUGUAGAGUUGACAUGUUUGGAUUCCUGAUGAUUCUACUCAUCAUAAUAUUAAUUACAGCAUUCGUUUGGUAUUUCUGCAUCUGUCAGUAUGUUCAUUUUCUUCUUAGUAAGAACGCACUUGGGGAUAAUAUCACUGAAGAGAAUGUUAAGCUAAUUAUCAGGAAGGGCCCCCAUGUUGCCUCAGCUGUUAUGCGCAAAGUCCAGGAAUAUUUAAUGCCUGUGGAGGAAUCUGUUGAUGAGGCCACAAAGUCUGGUCAGGCUUAG